AUGAAGACUUCCGAAUCCCACCAGAGUCUUAUUCUAUCUGGAACGCGACCUCCUCUCUUUCCAGCUCUACAAGCGAUCGCGCUACUAAAGAGCAACGCGGAGAACCAGAAACUCCAACCAGUGAAAAUCAGAAGUCAUAAUUUAUUUGUAAAAGUUGGAUUUAUUCAAGAGAGAUAUAUUUUGAGAAAGCGCAUCCAGGGAUCUCUACCAGACGAGAAAUGGCGACUUACGAUAACCAAGAGUCCUUGCCCUACAUUUUGGAAGCCAUCAACGAUCUCCAGGGACGGUUACAACCAUGAUAAAAUCUUGAAUUUGACCGGCAUUGGAGAUAUCUCUGAUAAAAGAGGAAAUGAGAAUUUUGGGUGGGGACUGAGACCUCUGGAACAACUAAAGAACCAAGAGAAAAUCCAGCAGGUGCCAUCGUUGAACUCAAUCUGGUCGACUAGCUCCGACUCAGCCUGUGGAUCGACUCGGCCACCUUCAACCGGUUCUGCGGCAUCUUCUGUCGAUCGAGACUCUGGGAACAGUUCAAUUCGAUCCUUCUCCCCUGAUGUUUCUUCAGCCUCCGCUCAGCAUUAUUCCGCUCAGCUCAAUGCUGCGGCCGCUCUAUGGCCGCAAGCUGCUGCUGCUGCUAGUCUUGCUGCCUUCCUACCAAAGCAACAGAAUCAGCUCAGGAUGAACUCCGUCCAUCUCCUUCAGAACGCGUUCAAUGUUGGAGUACCCAAGAAACACAACAUCAACUUCUCGAAUGAUAAGGACAUCAAAUUCGAGCGAAACCAUUUUGAACAGCAAAAGAAGAACAUCUCUCCAAUCGGCAGCGGCAUCCCAAAAAACAAUUAUAUGCACUCUUCUUGGAUUCCUAACGCCAGAAAAGGCGCUCCUGUCAAGCAAGGAGCUUCCCCAUUCAUGAAUUUCAUCGACACUCGUCAACAUCAAGCACAGAGAUCCUUCCAAAAACCAUUCGCCCCAAAGAAGAUGCACAACAACGCAAAAAAAUCUAACUCCAACGCUGACAAACAAAAACAAGGUCCAUUCAACAAAGUUCUCAUCGUUGGACUCGGCCCUAACCACAGAAGUCUUCCUGACGUUGUCGAUAUUUUCCGACCAUAUGGUGAUGUAGUUUCUGCGCGAGUGCUUCCUCCCUUCCAGACGCUACCAAAUGACAUUACUCGAUGGGUACCCAGCGUUGAACUCCAGGGAACUUAUUGCGCUAUUGUCGAAUAUCCAACUGCACGAUGCGCUAAAUUUGCCGUGGGAGUUCUUAGGGAACGCGUCGUCAGCAAUAAAUACAGAGUUGUUUUACUCAAACCAGGAGCUUAUGAUGAGCUCCAGCGACAACAUCAGUUGAUUUUGGGAUCUACUUGCUCGUCCACCGACGAAAAAGAGCAGCAGAACGCAGAGAUCAGUUCCGAUUCCGGAAACGAAUCUGUGGAACACCGCUCCACAUCUGAUUGCCAGUCUGACGCGUAG